GGCAGUUCUAGAAAAAUGGCAUUGGCCUCUCUGAGAUCAGGAAAUAAACAGGCUGCUUACAGACAUAUUCGGCAAGCCAAGUUGUUUUCAGAGAAUAAGGCCAAGUGCAUAUCAUUUUUAGAGCGGGUUGAAGAAGUUCUAGCUGUAAUUGCAGAAGCGGACUCCACAAGGAAGGUAUCUGAAGCUAUGCAAAUUGGUGCUAGAGUAAUUAAGGGAAACAUGAUCAGUGUGGAAGAACUAAAUGUCCAACUUCAGGAACUUGAUGGAUUCAUUACUGAUCAAAAGCAAAUUAAUGAAGUCAUAGAAAGCAUGCCACUUCAAUCUGUGGAUUUUGCAGAUGAGGAUGUUGAGGAGGAAUUCAUGAAGCUUGAGAUGGAGCUUGUUGAUGAGAUGCCUCAGACACAUAUACCAAAACCUGCCGCACCGCAGCAAGCUAUCGUUGAGGAAUCACAUGAUACUCUAAGCCAAAAUUUAUCGAAGCUCAACCUGGAAGCGGCUUAACUAGAAUAGACAUUAUUUUACAGUUGCUAAUAGUUUUUCUUAUUGUAAAUAUGAUAGGCAUACAGAGCAUGCAUGGUAGUUUAAGUGUCUGUUUGAGACAGCUUAU